GAGCUUAUAAAAGGACAGUCUAACAUGCUGUCUGUGGAGGACACACCUUAUCUGGAAAGUACAUACUCCUUCUUACCAUAUAAAUAAGUGCCAAGGAAAGGUGAACGGUGCAGAGACUCCUCCACUAAGGACCUUCAGUCUGAGGGAUUUGGUUUUUGUCUAAGUUUUGGCCUUGUCUGUCACGAAAGUCGGUUUCCUGCUCCUCUCUCUCUACCUGUCGAGCGCCUCUUCUGCAAAACCACUUAAAAAUACUGAUGACUUGAAAAACCUUCAGUUUUUACAACAAACAGGAUAUUCUGAUACAGAAAACUGUCCAGGAUCCAAACCCUGACCGAAACGCUCACUCGAUUCCCAAUGUGAGGCUUUUCAACUACAGAUUAAAACAACUACAAAGGGCUCCUCCAAACUCAUAUGGAAUAUACCUGAUAACAUACUCAAAACGUUUAAUGUAUACAUUGAUAUUUGCCAAAACACUUACUCCAGUGUCACUAAUGAUUACCCUAGGCAGGCUAUUGUGGACAGCAUCUAUGUCGAUAAACCGAACGGGUCUUCAGAGACCUCUGUCUUAAUGAACGCUCAUCUCCAGCCCGACUGCGACUGGACAAGAUCAGAGGGGAUGACUUUUGGUAGGGGCCGGAGAUGGAAGGAGGACCGCUCGUCAGGAUAAUGGGGUGUGACGCUAGACUGCAGCUCUCUGCGGUGAAAGGCAAAGCCUGCGCUCGACUCUACAUCAAGAAGACCUUCCACGACUGGAAGAGUGUCUUUUACAACUCAUGGGUGGGUUUCUACAGACUCCCGUACAAUAAGAGCGACUACUAUGACACAUAUCAGUAUGCUGUGAAAUUUACGAAGAUUGGCACGACUGCCACCGAUGAUUAUGAUAUCUACCAGUAUCGUUCCAGUUUGACCAUUGCUCCCGACGUUCAAAUCCGCUUCCUGCUGGACAAGAAAUACGACAACGUUUUAGCCCAGACCGUACCCUGGGAGAGAGAUGAAGAAGAGACCCCAGCGUGUUCUUUUCCAGAAUUCUUGUAUGAGCCGGAGCUUUAUGAUGCCAACAACGUGGUCCCUGUUAAAAUAGACUCGUAUGACGCUGGUCUGCAGCUCUUCACUAAAGACGGCAAAGCUUGCGCUCAAAUUUACAUUAAGAAGACCUUCAAAAACUGGAAGGAUACCUUCCGCUACUCAUGGGUGGGGUUUUACACAAGUUCUCAAAGUAAAAAUAAUAAAUAUGACACAUUUCAAUAUGCUACAAAAUUUGGAGCGAAGGUGGGUUAGGGUUAGGGUUAGGUUGAUAUCCUUAUUUUGAUAUUUUUGAGUACAAGUCUAAACUGACCAUCGCCCCUGGAGUACAGAUCCGCUUCCUGCUGGACAAAGGCUACAACAAACUAUUGGUGAAAACUGAGCCCUGGAGGAGUGCUUCAUUUUAAUGAAUCAGAUUAUGACAAGCUCUUCAAGCUUUUAGCAACCUGCUGUAUUCUGAAAACGAUGAUAAUUAACAUUUUUAUAACGAUGUAACAUAUAAAUCUUUAAAGCAGCUGUGAUAAAAAUGCUUUUACUACUAUGUUUUACAGGGAAAUAUGAAUUGAAAAUGUGAAACUUUUAAAAAUUGUAUCACAAAAAAAAAGUAUAUUCUUGUUUUUUGUAUAACUCAUUAAAAUGUGUACAGUGAAAGUGA